GUCAAUGUAAAUAUAGAACGUUUUAAUUCCUAAACUUUACAUUAUCUAUGCGUAUACAUAUUAAUGAAGAGUUACUAUACUACUCUAACUCACGGGUAUGGUCGACGAAAAGGUUAAUAUUGACAUCCGUAGACUGGAUGCCAAACAGAUUGUAACAGUUGUUGCAGAUGGAGAGGAGAGUGGAAUACAAUUCGAAUCCCGUUGUGUAUCAAGCUGAUGGCAAUGGAGAGAUAUAUAACUUUUCUAAUGAAUCGAUAGAUGGGAGUUUUAAAGCAGAUGAAAAAAUGACUGCUAGAGUAAGUUACACAAUACAGAAGUCUCUACGACGUCUUAAUGUUCUGGGUAAUCAUAUGACUGUCCUUACAAGAGCGUGCACGUCCCUGGCAAAUCAAGGUCAUGGACCAUGUAUUGCAGUCACACCUUCUGUAGGUAUGGUCGACGAAAAGGUCAAUAUCGACAUCCGUGGACUGAAUGCCAAACAGAUUGUUACAGUUGUUGCAGAUGUAGAAGAAAAUGGAAUACAAUUCGAAUCCCGGUGUGUUUAUCAAGCUGAUGGCAAUGGAGAGAUAAAUAACUUUUCAAAUGAAUCAGUAGAUGGGAGUUUUAAAGGUAUUGAACCAAUGGGAUUAUUCUGGAGUCUGCAUUGUGUAUCUGCACCAAAGAAGUAUGCUAGACUGGUGAAGAAAGACGUCAGUACACCAAUGAACUUCAGUAUAAAGGUUUAUCCUGACAACCAGAACAAGGCCACAUUGAUUCACCAGCCUUUAACAGAGACUAGAGUUCAAAGGUUUUAUCAGAAGCCAGGGGUCAGGAGAAUACCACUUACAGGAAGAUUUAAAGGAGCAAUAUUUGUUCCAGAAGGAGAGGGGCCGUUCCCAGGAGUGAUUGACUUGUAUGGUGGUCUAGUUAGUCUCAUUGAAACACGUGCAGCGUUGCUGGCGUCACAUGGGUAUGCUACUCUAGCAUUAUCAUAUCUACAUGGUGAGGGACUUCCGGAUAUGCUUUACGAUGCAGACUUUAAUUAUGUUAAGGAAGCAUACGAAUGGUUCAUGAAAGAAGAUUACAUUGACAAAAACAGACUUGGAAUAGUUGGUUUGUGUUUCGGUGGAUUUCUGUCACUGGCUCUAGCCUCUGUUCUCCCUCAGGUACGGGCUGUUGUCAAUAUAAAUGGUUUUUCCUUUAUACCCGAGGUAAACAAGAUCAACUGCGAUUGGGAAAAGUGGCUUGACAAAAAUGACGUACUGUGCACAGAAGAAGGACUUGUCAUUUCGGAUGUUUACAUGUUGAAAAACUCCUGGCCUGUGCCUGCCUGGCAGCAUGGUGCAAAAAUCCUAGUGAUAGUAGCGGAAGACGAUAAACAAGUGCAUCCAAAAUGUCACACUCUCUACUACGAAAGUUGUCCUCCGCAGUUUAAGGAAAACAUCAGGAUCUUCCGAUAUCCAGGUGCUGGCCAUAUGAUAGAACCUCCAUACUCGCCGCAUUAUAGGGCCGUAACUCCAGGGCGAAAAAGACUUAGAACAAUAAAUUUUAUUCCAGAAAAGUUUCAUGAUGAAGAUAUGAUGACAGGUGGAUGGCCAGAUACACAUGCGCAUGCUCAGGAAGACUCCUGGAUGAAAAUAUUGAAUUUCUUAGAAGAAAAUGUCAAAAAUGUCAGCUGAUGAGGUGAACAUAAAAAAUUUCCAAAGAUGUGAACAGAUAGGAAAAUGUGAAAAAUGUGUCAAAAGGGAAAACGUUGAAAAUACAAUAAGAUGGUUGUAUAGACUAUAAUAAUAUGUUUAAUAACCAGCGAAUAUGUUUGAACUUUAGCUCAGUUGAAGUGUUUUGGUACGAAGUAUUUACAUUUGCUUUUUUCGUCGUGGUUUCUUACGGAUGCACUGGAAGUUGUAUUUGUUUGAUGACAAAAAAACUUGAAACGUGUUACGUAUCCAUACAUACGCUGCUGGUGGCUCUUGAUUGGAGUGUCUCGUCUCUUGACUGUAAAAACUGUUCUGUGGUUAUGAAACAUAUUGGCUACUAUGAACUUUGUUCAGCGCGGUGCUUUGCCACUGACCGUUCCUUACUGUGUAUUUGUUUUACUUCAUCUACGUAUUUUUGUGUAAAUGUGUAGUCGUCCAAGUCGGUUUACGAUUUUGUCCGUACAAUAACUUUGGCAUGCAUGGAGCAAUCUUUUUACAUAAAUUAUGGAGUAAACCUUUACGUUGAUUAGACGGAGUGCCGCGUAUAAAUCUAAUGUCCCUGACGCGAAAUUCCAGAACACAAUUAGGACCGAAGGUCAUGUCAGCUCUUGUUCUUGCUUUAACUUUAUAUAUAUUGAGCAGUCCUAUCUUUAUUUGGUGGAAAUAUUUGCCUCAAUGAGAUGAGCUUCGCGCGAAAAGCGAUACAACCCCAAUCUUGUAUAUUUUUUCUCAGUGAAGCCUGAAAGUAACUACCCAACUAUCCUGACAUUCUCUUUAGCAAAUUAAAGAUGGGAAAUGUGUACAAGAUAAACAAUUGUUCAAGUUUUUCAGCCACACCUUUUUACUGGUUUUAAAGUCAGACCGACAUACUGUAAGGUUGAUAGUGACUUUCUCCAUUUUAAAGGCGAAGAAGGUUACCCCCUUCCCGUGUAUUAUUCAGGCAUGUAUGGACUCCCCUCCCCUCGCCAACACAAACGCCAUCCCACACCCCGAAAGAAGCAAAAAACAAAAGCAAACGGACGACGAUUUACCGUGAUUUUCAAAAUGUUCAACACAAGUGCCAGAGCUAAAAUAUGUCUAAACAACAUCUAAAACUCGGGUAUUAUUUUAAAAUAGUGUCACAUGAAAUAUAUACUAUGUGCUUUCACUUGAUAUUUUGAUAUUGGAUAUUAACUCAAGUGUUUUAUCUCAUCAAUUUAAUUUCGUUUGUUGUAAUUAAAUGUGUGUUUUGGGCUGCUGUCACAAUUUAACCUCAUGUAUUAGUUGCAAUGCAAAUUCAUACUGUGAACAGGUACACAUUUACAAAACAUGUCUUAUUUUUAACCUAUCAAACAAAGCUGUUGAAACACA